UUUUGCAUUGGGUUUGCGUUUUUUUAGAUCAUUGAAAAUUCUCAUACAUGCAGGAACAUUCGCGCUCGUUUCUCUAGCGAAAGAGCAUGAUGAAAAAGGAGAAUCUAAUAUUUUUCAGGCAGGCCCACAAACCAGGGAGAGAAAAAUAUUGUUCAACGAACUUGUCCAUUGAAACCGUUCAAGCUGUCGCGGAAACUGCUCUGCUCGUGCAAAGGACUUUUCCUUGGUAUAUGUAUCAUAUCGUCGCGCACCAUCGCGCGUGAAAUAUAACCAUCAUGGACAGAAGAAAAGUAAAAGGAAGUAGUUUACAUAAAAAUUUGAUAGGGAGCCAGACGUCACUAUCAUCUAGUAGUUCGUGUCGAACUAGAUUAUCUACAGAUGAGCUACUAUCAAGAAAUAACAGCUCAUUGUUGGCUGGAAAAAUCUUGUCAAGUCAAAAUGAAGACAAAUCGUUGAACGAUGAUAUAUUUUCGGAAAAAGAUUGUGAGUCCCAAAAAAGUAAUCAGAAAGAAAAUUUAAUACGUGGGAAACCAUCGUCACGUAAACGAAAAUUGCCGAGUCCUGAUGAUGAUGAUCUGGGUCUUCCUCUGGCAGAGUCUACAGUUUUAAAAAAGAGACGAGAUAAUAGCAACAUUACACAAAGUCAAUAUGAAAACAAUAAUCAGGGAACUAGUUCUAACGCAUCAUCAAGCACUCAAAUACCAACACGGGAAAAUGUUGACAACGUUCUCAUUGAGAAAUGUAAAUUCAUCAAAUUUUUACAUGAAUCUGGCAUUAAGAUAAAUCCAAAUGCUCCGCAUAUUCUAUGUAAGGAUAUCAUAAUAGUUCAAAAGAAAAUGAAACAAUUGCUGAAUUCAAAUAAGUAUGAAAAAUCAGAAUUAAUCACACUAAUGGAGAAGUAUUUUGAAAAUGAAGAAAAUCUUAAAAAUGCUCUUAUUGAUAUGGAAGUAUUAGAUACUAAUGAAGUGGCAAAUAUUUUGCAUACAUCAUGUCUUGUAAAAAUUCUAUUACAAGUUUCAGAAUUACAUCCAGAAAUAUAUAGCAGUCUCCUGACUAAACUUAAUGAAGCUGUUCUUAUAGCUGAUUCUAUGGAAUCAGUACCUUGGGCUCUUCUAUUACUGCAACAAUUUCGUUUCCUGGAUGUUGUAAUUAAUUCUGAUGCUCUGACCAGUAGCUUAGAACAGCUCCUAGAAUCUUGUCCUCUAUGGUUUCAAACUGAAUUAAUAACAUUCUUACCCGAUAUUGUAACUGACAAACAACAUCAAACUGUGGCUGAAAUUCUGAAUAAACUUCUAGAAGAGAAUACUGUAUUAGUAAAAUCAGUAUUAAAUUGUAUGACCAAUUUAAAUCUUGGCAAAGAAUAUUUGGAGGAAUUUAAAGAUAAAACAUUAAACUUGUUGAAGACAAACGUUAAAGUAAAUGCAAUACCAGCCAUUGUAAAAUUUGUUUUAGAAGAUUAUUCAAAUAUAGACAUUUUUGAAAAAGCAUUAAAAGUAUUGCGUGAUACUGAUAUGCAGCCUCUCGUUGGGGAAGAUGCUGAAGAGUGCUAUCAAAAUCAGUUAGAUGUAUUCAACAAUUUAAAAAUGAAUAUGCUUUUCUCAAAGAAUGUAAUAAAUACAACCUUAGCAGUUAUAAAAGAUAUCACUAAGGAUCCGAAGACGUUAGAUAUUAUUCUGUUGCUCCUCAUAUUUCAAACAACAGAUAUAAAAAGAAAACUCGUGGAAACAAUAUUUAAACAACACAUACGAUCUGGCUUUUACAGAGCUAGCUUAUUAAAUAUGCUGUAUAAUGAUUAUAAACAUGUAGUACAAGAGUUACAAUCAACUGUGUUACAAAUAUCAAGCAAUUUAUUAAAGACGGAUGAACGUGUAUUUACUGAUUUCGCUAUCGAUUGGAUCCGUUUGCAGUUCAAGUGUCAUAAAAAUAAUAUAUUUAAACAACGAGAGAUUUUAGAAAGAAUUAUAUUCCUCAUGGGUGAUAAUGACCAGACUGUAAAAAAUACUUUAUUAUUUCUUUGCAAAAUGGUCGAAAAGGAAGAGGAUAGAGAAUAUUUGUUGUCACAUUGUAAUCAUCUUCGUAUUUUGCUGGAAAAGAUGGAUAACUUGAAUCUAGAAGAGGUUGGUACAUUGAAUGACUUAUUACAACAUUUGUGUACAAAUUCCAGUGCCACAGCAGAUUCUUUGCACGACGAUCUAUCCAUACUGAUGCAGAAACAAUUAUCUAAUUUUAAACCAUUAACAAAGUCUAAAGGUGUUUUGGCGGCAGUAAUGGCUAUAAAACAUUUAAUGCAAAAAACAGAAGUAUCUGAUAUUGCCUACAAUUUAUUUAAGACAGUAUUAAAUAACGUAAACAAUUGUCCAAGAUCACAAGCCCUCUUUUACGAUCAGUUGUCAUCCAUCAUUUUGGAAACGAAAAAUGUCAAUACAGACUUUAUAAAGUCUCUCGCAGAUCAUAUCGAAGAACAAUUUGUUAAUACAAACAUGAUAAACAAAACAAAUUAUAGAGGAGACUCUGUUCCUAAAUUUGGAUUAAAUAAAUCAGAAGACGAACCACGAAAUUGUUUUAUAACUUUUGAAAAUAAAAAGUAUGGAGCGAUUGUUCCAAUAUCUUUUAAACUUCUCCGAACAUGUCAUAUAAGGCUCAGUGAGAAUAAAGAUUUGGGAGCCAUAAAUUCUCUUUUGGGAUGUGCAAUCUUAAUGCCAGAAAGCCUUGAUAUAGCAGAAAAUUCGAUAGUGGAUUUAGUAAUAUGUUGCAUUAAUUGGUUCCGUGAAGUGAUCAGUGGUUUUGUUAUACAGAAAAACCCUUUGUUAAGAAAGCAAGUACUACAACGACUGGAUAAUCUAAUAGAUUUACAAACUGAACUGAGCACAUUACUUACGUUGUGCGAUACAAAAUAUCAACCACCUCCUUGUUAUUUUCAUAAAUUUCCGCUGCCACCGUUUUUUGGAAUAGAUAAAAAAAUUGGCAAGAAAGGGAAAAAAGGGAAGAAAAAAUCGCUUAGUUUUAGUGAAAUUAAAGAUUGGGAAACUGGUUUCUUGAUAUGUUCAAAAAACCCAAUUUAUUUCAGAAAAUUCGAUGCAUCGAUAGUGCAUUUGUUGGAUGUUAAAAUGGACAUACAUGUAUCACAAUCUGUAAGACAUGGGAUAUCUGUGAAGCAAGUUUGUUUCAUUGUCCAGGAACUCUUGGCAAUCCUUGAACACGAUACUAACGAAAAAUGUAUAAAAGAUUUAAUCGAAUUGUUACCUAAAAUUUGUGCAAAAUUGCGAGAUAUUGUAGAAACUUUACGAGAAGAGAAGGAUAAUCAAAGUAGGGAGGCUGCUCGAUUAUUAUUACGUCUUCUAACAAAAAUUUUCACUUGGAAAGGAUUUGAAAGUGUCACAUAUAAUAUAUUGUUACGAGAGGGAUUACGCAUUUUAGCUAGUCAAAUUGAUGAAAAUAAUAUUACGUUACGAUCUUGCAAAGAGCUUGUCACAGAAUCUUGCAAAUAUUUUGAGUCUUUAUCCGAUAUUGCUACGCAGAUAUCAUUGUCAACGUCAUUAAUUGAUAUGUGUCAAUCAUUAAUGAAACAUUCUGAAUCCUACACUAAAGAAAACAAAGAGAAAUAUGCAAAAAUGGCAUUUGGGUUCUUAUGUCUUCAAUGGCCGGAAGAUAAUCAUUCUAGUACUCAAUACAAAUCAGCUGUAGUUCAAUUGUUAAAUCAUUGGAUUAAUAAUGAACCACUACCGCUUCAAGUAAUAACUUCAAUUUUAGAAUGGUUACCAGAUGAAAUUUUGAACUUGGAGAAGUCUCGAAACAGUUUGAGUAGAAUACCGUCAAUAACAAAGGCUAACUUUCACUCUCUUUUCAAGAAGAUAUUUGAUGGUUUAAUUAGCGGUAUAAAAAUAGCGCUGGAAAUGGCUGACAGAGACCCUAAAAGAAUAGAGCUAUGGUAUGAGGUAGGAAUAAAUGUUCAGAAAUUAGUUCAAAUAUGUAAAACACUAACAACAAAAAAUAAUUUACUAAUUUUUAUAAAACAAAUGUCUAUAUUGUUGAAAUCUUUUCUACACCUUGGUAUGCCAGUACUUGAGCAUAAUUUGAAAUACCAAACAGAGGAGGUAACCAAGAUAUUGAAAAUGAUGCAAGAUGGUACGCGAUAUUUGCACAGAAUAUGUUGUGAUAGUGCAGAAAAGAAAGAUACUACGUUGAUGAAGUACAUUCCUGCAGCAAAAUCUGUUUUAGAAAAAUUAAUUUUUUGUGUCAAAGGAAUGUUAGUUCUUAACAAUAGCCCUGCUGCUUUUUGGAUGGGCAAUCUUGUCAACAAAAACUUAGAAGGUCAAGAAAUUUUUUCACAGAACAUAUCAUCAGAAGAUAGUAGUAGCAUACAAAAUAUAGGCGAUACACUUGAUGAUGCAACUAAUAUAUCUUCAGAUAUAUUAGCGAGCGAUUCUGAUGAUGUCGCUGAUGAUGAUGAUGUACUGUAAUAAUUUUUUACAGCAGUACAAACAAAUGAUUCCAUCAAAUAUAAAUGAGAUACCUCAAAGGAAAAAAUAAUAUACUUAGUUAAUAUAU